CGAAGCCCCUCCCCCCUCCAUCCCAGAUCCGGACACUCCCCCGGAACCCUAGCCGCCGCACGCGACCCCAUGGCGCCGCCGAGCUCGCCGCCCUCGGCCGCCGCGCCCGCGCGGUCCUCCUCGCGCAAGCGCUCCGCCUCCGCCAAGGCCGCCGCGCCCGAGGAGGCCACGGUCACCAAGCGCCCGCGCAAGGGCACCACGUCCGGCAAGAAGAAGCCGGCGGGCAAGAAGAAGCAGCAGAAGGCGACCAAGGCGCCGCGGGAGAAGAAGGCGAAGGCGGAGGAGAGGCCGGCGCCGGAGGACGAGGUGUGCGCGGAGGAGCCCGACGAGGAGGAGCUGGCCCUCGGGGAGGAGGACGAGUCCUCCGCCUCCGGCGAGCAGGAGGGGCAGGCGGCGGCCAAGAGGCGCGUGGCGCAGCCGUCCAAGAAGGCCCGGAACGUCGCCGCCGGCGACAAGGAGCCCGAGUUCCUCGGCGAGCCCGUCCCCGCCGACGAGGCCCGCGCCAAGUGGCCCCAGCGCUACCAGCGCGGCGCUCCCAAGAGGCCGGAGGAUGAGGAGGACAUGAAGGCGCGCGUCCACUACCGCUCUGCCAUGGUCGACGGCGUGGUCUACGCGCUGGGCGACGACGUCUACGUCAUGGCUGGGGAAAACGAGGCUGAUUACAUUGGCCGAAUAACUGAGUUCUUUGAGGGUGUUGACAAGACCAGCUACUUCACCUGCCGUUGGUACUUCCGUCCAGAGGACACGGUCAUAUCUAGAGCCAAAUUUGUCAAUGAUCACACACAUGACCCAAAGCGUGUCUUUCUCUCCGAGGAAAAGAAUGAUAAUCCACUUGACUGCAUCAUAUCGAAGGUCAAGAUAAUCCAUGUUGAUCCCAAUAUGGACCCUGCAGCCAAGGCCAAACUGGUGGCUCGCACUGACUUAUACUAUGACAUGUCAUAUACUGUUGCUUAUUCUACAUUUGCUAACAUCCCAUCAGACACCACAGAGAAUUCUGGUAUUUCUACUGAUGCUGAUUCAGAGAAUGGGGCCCCAGUAAAAACGGCAUCCCUCCUUGACCUGUAUUCUGGUUGUGGUGGGAUGUCAACAGGGCUGUGCUUGGGUUCAGCGCUUGCUGGCCUCAAACUUGAAACAAAAUGGGCUGUUGACCUGAACAGCUUUGCAUGCAAGAGCCUUAAAUAUAACCAUCCCAAAACAGAGGUUCGAAAUGAAAAAGCCGAGGAUUUUCUUGCACUUCUUAAGGAAUGGGCGAUUCUAUGUGACAAAUAUGUCCAUAGCAAUGAUUCUGAUGUGGCAGAACCUGUAGAGGAAGAGGAAGAUGAUGAGCCUCUUGGAAAGGACGAGUUUGUGGUUGAAAAGCUACUUGAGAUCUGCUAUGGUGGCACUGGGAGGAAAAAUGGAAUCCAUUUUAAGGUUCAAUGGAAAGGAUAUGGCCCAGAAGAGGAUACCUGGGAGCCCAUAGAAAACCUGAGUGACUGCCCAUUGAAAAUUAAAGAGUUUGUGCAAGAAGGGUACAGGCGAAACAUUCUACCCCAGCCUGGUCAGGUUGAUGUUAUUUGUGGUGGCCCGCCCUGCCAAGGGAUAAGUGGGUUCAACCGAUUUAGAAACCGUGAUAACCCUUUAGAAGAUGAGAAAAAUCAACAAAUGGUUACCUACAUGGACAUUGUCUCUUAUCUGCAACCAAAGUUCGUCCUGAUGGAGAAUGUGGUGGACAUUCUGAAAUUUGCUGAUGGCUAUCUUGGAAGAUAUGCAUUGAGCCGUCUUGUAUCUCUGAACUACCAAGCCCGCCUUGGAAUGAUGGUAGCUGGUUGCUACGGGCUUCCUCAGUUCAGAAUGCGUGUGUUCCUUUGGGGAGCUCUCCCUACCAUGGUCCUCCCAAAGUAUCCUCUCCCUACUCAUGAUGUAGUUGUACGUGGUGGUGCUCCAAAUGCUUUCUCGCAAAGCAUUGUUGCAUAUGAUGAGACGCAAAGACCGACCUUGAAGAAAGCUCUCCUUCUUGGUGAUGCCAUUUCAGAUUUGCCCAAGGUAGACAACUAUCAACCUCAUGAGGUAAUUGAAUAUGGUGGUCAACCCAAGACUGACUUCCAGCGCUACAUACGACUUAGUCGUAAAGAUAUGUUGGACUAUUCAUUUGGUGAUGCCACUUGUCCUGAAGAAGGAAAGCUCUUGGACCACCAGCCUUUGAGGCUAAACCAAGAUGACUAUGACCGUGUCCAGCAGAUUCCGAUAAAGAAGGGAGCGAAUUUCCGUGACUUGCCAGGAGUCAAGGUCGGAGCGAAUAACAUUGUGGAGUGGGAUCCAGAAGUUGAGCGUGUCUACCUCAAGUCCGGCAAACCUUUGGUUCCUGACUAUGCAAUGUCCUUCAUCAAGGGCAGAUCACCAAAGCCGUUUGGUCGGUUGUGGUGGGAUGAGACAGUUCCCACGGUCGUGACCAGAGCAGAGCCGCAUAACCAGGUCAGUUUUGGCACAACUUCCAACGCUGUCUGCAAUCAGUUUUGUGCUUGUUGCUUAGUUUGUUUGUGCUGCCUGCAGAUCAUACUGCACCCGAAUCAGGGACGCGUUUUGACUGUCCGUGAGAACGCAAGGCUGCAGGGUUUCCCCGAUUACUACCGGAUGUACGGUCCCAUGAAGGAGAAGUACAUCCAAGUGGGAAACGCGGUGGCUGUCCCUGUUGCGCGGGCACUGGGCUACUCUUUGGGCCGAGCGUACCAGGGCGAGGUGGAUGCGGGGUAUGAUGCGCUGUUUGUUCUUCCUGACAGCUUCACCAACAUCGGACAGACCGGUGCGAGGGCAAGGGCCUCCUCCGUUGGCACCCCUGCAGGCGAGGUUGUCGAGCAGUAGAACAGAGCCUAUCUGUUGUGUUAUGUGGGGUGGGGGUUCGAGUCUAGUCCAUUUGUCGCGGGAACUAAAUUGCUGCAGCAUGUAAGGAUUGCUCGAGUUGUUACCGUUUGUCGCUGGUUGAACUUGUGAUCGUUGAGAUCCUUGGUCUUAGAUGAAGAAACUAGUAGUAUGUUGUUCCAUUGUUGCUACCCAUUGACAAUUAUUAUUGUCUGUUGCUCCAUCACUGGAAUUGGUCUGGUGUAUGUGAGAUUUGUUCUA